AUGUCGGAGCUCGCGCCGCAGACCGCAGACGGCGCCUACGCGCGGCCCGCGCCGCAGCGGGGCACGGGCGCGACGCCCGCGCUCGACGCCGACGGCGCCUACGUGCUCUACGCGGGAAACGCCUGUCCGUGGUGCCACCGCGCGAAGCUCGCCGUCGCCGUCCGCGGCGCCGAGGCGCUGGUCCGCGUCGUCGAGCUCGACGACGACCCGGCGAAGGCACGCCGCGGCGGCUGGAGCUUCUCCGCGGAGUGCCCGGAUCCCGUCUUCGGCGCCGCGGAUCUCAAGGGCGUCUACGACGAGCUGGGGCUCGAGGGGCGCUGCACGGCGCCCCUGCUGGUCGACGCGUCCGGCGGGUUCGUCUCCAACGAGAGCGGCGACAUCGUCCGCGCGUUGGUCGAGUACGCAGGGCCCGGGGCGGCGUCGGACGCGGACUUGAGGCCGGAGGCGCUCCGCGGCGCCAUCGACGCGUGGAACGACGAGAUCUACGAGUCGAUCAACAACGGGGUCUACCGCGCGGGCUUCGCGACGCGGCAGGCGCCCUACGAGCGUGCCGUCGCUGACGUCUUCGCGGGGCUCGAGGCCGUGGACGCCGCGCUCGCGCGAACCGCGUUCGUCGCCGGCGACGCGCUCAGCGAGGCGGACCUGCGGCUGCUGCCGACGAUCGAGCGCUUCGACGCGUCCUACGCGCCGCUGUUCCUGCGGACGACGAAGACGAUCCGGGACGACUACCCGCACAUCGCGGCGUGGAAGCGCCGCAUGCGCGCGCUUCCCGGCGUCGCGGACACGGUCGACGUCGCGGCCGCCGCGCGGUCCUACUACACGAGCCUCUUCCCGCUGAACCCGAGCGGCAUCGUGCCCGUCCUGGUAACGGAUUAG